ACAAACUAGAGAGCAUAAUAUUUUAUUGAGCUUUUGAAAACCAUAGAGCAUUCUAUGGCUACCAUUCUUCCACUAAUUCUUAUCUCUAUCUUCUUCUUACGAGUCCUCUCCUCCCAUACUAUCCCUAAUCAAGAUGUGAGCUACAUGAAGUUAGUUCACGACGCGACCGACAUACCCGAAAACGAAGAAUAUGAUUACAUAAUCAUAGGAGGAGGAACAGCUGGUUGCCCAUUAGCUGCAACCUUGUCAUCGAAAUUCUCCGUCCUCCUUCUUGAAAGAGGUAGCGAUCCCAACAAGUAUCCCUCCGUGUUAAACGAGCAAGGUUUAUUGAACGUGUUUGUCGAAGAAGAUGAUGGUGAAAACCCGUUCCAGCGCUUUGUCUCUGAGAAUGGCGUGGAGAUCAUUAGAGGAAGGGUUCUUGGUGGUGGUAGCAUGGUGAAUGCUGGGUUCUACUCGAGGGGCCAUCGGGAGUUCUUUGAAAGUGCAGGCGUUGAUUGGGACAUGGAGUUGGUGGAGAAGGGCUAUGAAUGGGUUGAGGAGACGGUGGUGUCUCGCCCAAGGUUGAGUGCUUGGCAAGGUGCUUUUAGAAGGGCUUUGUUGGAAGGUGGUGUUGGUCCUGAUAAUGGGUUUGAUUUGAGGCAUCUUGUGGGCACUAAAACUGGUGGUUCUAUCUUUGAUGAGGAUGGAAAUAGACAUGGAGCUGUGGAGCUUCUUAAUGGGGUUGAACCCGGAAAUCUUAAAGUUGCUGUUCGUGCUACUGUUCAGAAAAUCAUUUUUUCGGAUCUAUCAGCAAUAGGAGUUUCAUACUCCGAUUCAGAAGGAAAGACACACACCGCAUUCAUCCGCAAGAAAGGGGAGAUCAUAUUGAGCGCCGGAGCCAUUGGAAGCCCUCAGCUUCUCCUUCUAAGUGGGGUUGGCCCAAAAUCUCAUCUUUCCUCCCUCAAACUCCCCGUCGUCCUCCACCAACCCCACGUCGGCGAAUUCAUGUCCGACAACCCCCGUUUCAGCGCCGCCGUCGUGCUUCCAUUCCCACUGGUAGCUUCAUCGGCACAAGUCGUCGGAAUAUUAGACGGCAAUAUCCAUUUGCAAACAUUUGCAAGCCCUGCACCAUUUUUUAUUUUACCAACUUUCGGCCUUCUUCCUCCUCAAUCCACUCUGAUCAACCCGAGCUUAGCCCUUCUUAUCGGAAAAUUCUCGGACGUGCUUUCAAAAGGCUCACUUCACCUGAAUUCCUCGACAGACGUUAAGAACAACCCAAUUGUUCGAUUCAAUUACUAUACGAAUCCUAACGAUCUUGCACAAUGCGUUAGAGGGUUACGUAAAGUGGGGGAUUUUCUUAAAACCCGAACUAUGGAAGAGAUUAAGACGCAAGAUUUGGAGGGUAAUAAAGGGUUUCAGUUUCUAGGGCCUCCAUUGCCGGAAAACUUGUCGGAUAAUAGCUCCGUCCAAGAGUAUUGUAAGGAAACGGUGACCACUUAUUGGCAUUACCACGGCGGAUGUUUGGUCGGGAAAGUUGUCGAUCGUAAUUACAGAGUCAUCGGAAUCAAAAAUUUGCGUGUCGUAGAUGGCUCGACUUUCUCUGUCUCGCCGGGGACUAAUCCGAUGGCCACCCUCAUGAUGCUUGGCCGGUAUGUUGGCCUUAAGAUGCUGCAAGAAAGAUCAAGUUAAAGAGCAUUCAUGUUUUUAAUAAUUUCGUGAUGAUAAAUACAAUAUCGGUUUUAAGUAAAUUUCCCACUAUUUUGUAAUCC